AUGUUAUUCAACUCUGAAUUCAAUCCAUCUAUCCAACAGAAAAUAUUUCAUCUUUUAUUAUGGUUUAUUGAAACACGUUUUAUAAUCUAUAAUACAAAUGAACAUUUAAUGAAUAAUGAAAUUGAUAUUUUAGCUAAAACAUUAAUUCUCAAUGAAUAUAAUUUAUUAAAUGCAAAAAUAAUAGAUUUUAAUGAAUUAUUUAAUAUAAAAAAUGAUAUGAUAGAAUAUAUUUUAAAUUAUGAAAAUCAAUGUGUUGCUAUGGAGAAAAAUUAUUCUAAUUUAUUACGUAAAAUAUUUAUACCAAACUAUAAUAUGUUUAUUAAUCAUAAAGGGAAUCAAAUGAAAUUACAAAAAUGUUUUCAAUGUCAUCUUUAUUAUUUAUAUAAUUUUUUAAGAAAAUCUUUAAAAUAUGAAAAUGGUGAAGAGAUUCAAUGGUAA